GAAUUCUCUGUUGGUCCAUUCAUCGAAGGUGAUGUGGAGGAAGAACCCUUCCUCGGAAUCAUCUGAAGUUGACGUUGAGUACCCGAGUUGGGUCUCAGAGCUUGACCAGAGAGUCCUUCAGGCUCCGGUACAAGAGACCAGUUUCAAUCUCUCGGUGGCCAAAGAUGGAACCGGAAACUUCACAACCAUCAGUGAUGCCGUCUAUGCCGCUCCCAACUCUAGCGAAACUAGAUUUAUUAUUUAUAUAAAAGGUGGUGAAUAUAUUGAGAACGUGGAACUACGGAAGAAGAAAACAAUGAUAAUGUUUGUCGGAGACGGUAUCGGCAUAACAGUCAUAAAAGCAAACCGUAGCCGCGUUGAUGGAUGGUCAACUUUUCAAACUGCAACCGUAGGCGUGAAAGGUAAAGGGUUCAUAGCUAAGGACAUAUCAUUCGUGAAUUUUGCUGGACUGGCCAAAGGACAGGCUGUGGCACUGCGAAGCGGCUCUGAUCUCUCUGCCUUUUACCGUUGCGAGUUCGAUGGUUAUCAAGACACACUUUAUGUUCAUUCAGCCAGACAGUUUUACCGAGAAUGCGAUAUAUAUGGUACGGUCGAUUUCAUAUUCGGCAAUGCGGCUGUUGUGUUCCAGAACUGUAGUCUUUAUGCUCGUAGACCAAAUCCCAAUCAGAAGAUUGCAUUCACCGCUCAAAGCCGCAACCAGACGGACCAACCCACAGGUAUAUCUAUAAUUCAGUGUAGAAUCUUGGCCGCACCUGAUUUGGUCCCUGUGAAACAUAGCUUCAAGGCGUACUUCGGUCGACCAUGGAGAAAAUAUUCGAGGACGGUUAUCUUAAAAUCAUACAUCGAUGAUCUCAUACAUCCUGCUGGAUGGUUGGAGUGGAACGACAGUUUUGCACUUGAAACCUUGUAUUAUGGAGAGUACAUGAAUGAAGGGCCAGGUGCAAACAUGACAGAGCGGGUCAAAUGGUCCAGUUUUAGACGCAUCGAAAACGAAACGGUGGCAACCCAAUUCACCGUCGGUCCAUUUAUCGAUGGUCACACAUGGCUUAAUUCUACCGGCAUCCCUUUUACUCUCGGUUUCUAAUCAAUAGAUUUGAUAAUCAUGAAGCAAGCUAUUGUAAUUACCACCGUAUUGGAUCGUUAACAUGGGACUUAAGACUUAUAAACUUAUCAACAUUCUUGAUAAGUUUUAUUGCAUGUAUA